AUGGCUGCCGAAACUGAAAGCGCAGCUGCGCAAAUCCUAUCCGCCGAGCCGACGCGCGAUCCCAGCUACAAUGACUUUUCUUUCACACCCUUUCUGCGCAAGAGCUUCGGCUUCGGACUCGCCAGCGAUGUACCUGUUUGCAAAGCCUAUAGUGAAGGACACUGUCCAUUAGGACCUGCCUGUCCAGAUCGGCAUCCCACUCCGUCCCGUGUGACAACCUCGACUACCACAGCCUCCGGAAUGGCGCCAUCUACAACACACGGAUCGCUGGUUUGCAAACAUUUCCUCAAGGGACUAUGUAAGAAAGGACUGAAAUGCGAAUACCUCCACGAAUAUAACCUCCGACGAAUGCCAGAAUGCCAGUCAUUUUCUCGAUCUGGAUACUGUACCAAUGGCGACGAUUGCCUUUAUCAGCAUGUUCGAGAGGAGGCACGGCUGCCGCCUUGCGAACACUACGACCGCGGAUAUUGCGAAUUGGGACCAUUAUGUGCAAAACGACACGUCCGCCGACGUCUAUGUACAUUCUAUCUGGCCGGGUUCUGCCCUGAUGGGAAAGCGUGUGCCGAUGCCCACCCUCGCUGGCCGGAAAAUCUACCACGGCCUACAAUGCGUACUGAAAAGACAGAGGAAGAACUUGAGCACGAACGAGUUCUCAUCCGUGAAGAACAAGAACGGGAAAAAGAACGGGAACGAGAAUGGCGAAAUGAACGUGGUCGGGGCGGUGGAUUUGGGCGUGGCCGCUUCCGCGGGCGUGGAAGAGGUUAG